GACCGCCCUAUAGCAGAUAUACUGCUACAGGGCGGCACCUGUGCGCAGAAUCAUGUAUAUAUACGUGAUUUCGCAUUUUCGGGUAGGGGGCGCAUGUGAGCCCCUGCGCCACCAUGGAUGUCAAUCACCGGGUCCUGGCCGGUAAUUACCCGCCGGCAUGCGGUGAUUACUAAGCAUCUCCGACGGGGAGGAAGAUUGUUUUGCUUACAAUCUUCCUACCUGUCAGCUCAAGCACACUGCUUGGGACGGCUGUGCACAGUACAGCUAUCCUGAUCAGUGUGCUUACAGUGAAGCACACAGACACCACUACCGAGUAAAACACUCCCAGCACACAGUUAACCCUUUGAUAGCCCCUCACAUUAACCCCUUCCUGCCC